AUGGGGCGAAACAGCUGGAGACACGUUUAUGAACAUAAGCGUGGUGUGGCAGUCAUCAUGAUCAUCCCAUCGAUUUGGAAUUUCGAAGGCGAAUGGAAAAAGAGAAGGGUCUGCGACAAGGAUCACGAUGCUGCUCUGCAGAGGGUAGUGAGAGCGCCAACAGAUGAUUUUACUUUAGGAAAGAGGAUAAACGUCAUACCGAGGGCACUAGCCCGGUCUUAUCGCUUUAAGCCGCUUAGAGCACCGCCUCCACUGGAUGAAUUUGGAACCAUGGCGGUCCUUGUGCCGGAUUUUGGUCGGGAACAUUCCUCCCUCUCGCAGUUCUUAGGUUGA